AGGCUGAGAGACCUCCAAGCACUGGGCUCGUGAAGAUUUCCACGUGCCCCUAUCUGGCUGGUCCCAGGGGAAUCGGUGGUUACUACGGUAGUUAGAAGGCGGCUGUUUCUUUUCGCAGCCCGGGAGGACGGUGUUUGGGGGGAAGAAGGUGGGUGCACGGGGCUCUCCGCCUUCAGAGCCUCCAGCUAACUGCCACGCCUGAGGGGCUUGUGGCCAAACCUGCGACCUCGGCCCUCCCCCGCGGCGCCAGCCUCUGGAAUCUGGCGUCGCCCCCACCACGACGGUCGAGGUGGGAGUGCCGCCACGCUGGGCCUAGCCGCCAUACACAGGCCGAAUGGGGGCGGGGAGAGAAGUCUGCAGAGCUCGGCCUCAGGAUCGGCACCCCUGUGGAAGGACGGCAGAGGGGAGUGGUUUUACCAGCCUCUACCCUGUUGGGGUCUCGGGAAACACGCGGUGUCACUAGUUAAAAAAGGCGUCUGCUGAAAGAUUUGGAACAGAAGAAGAUGGCCACUCCGAAAGAGAGCAGCUGUAAUACAGAGUCACCAGCAGCCCUGGAGGAGGCCAAGACCUUUAGUGCUCCAGGGAGCCCCAAAACACUUCUUGAGCCUCUUGACUCUGGUGGUUCCCUGCCCCUGACACCCCGGAUGGAGAGCCACUCAGAGGAUGAGGAUCUUGCUGGGGCUGGCAGUGGCCUGGGCUGGAAUAGUAGGGGUCCCCAGACCCAGAGCCCAGGAGCCUGCUCAGCAGAGGCAGUGCUAGGCCGGAAGAAACACCGUCGGCGGCCAUCAAAGCGCAAGCGGCACUGGAGACCCUACCUGGAGCUGAGCUGGGCCGAGAAGCAACAGCGAGAUGAGAGGCAAAGCCAGAGGGCCUCGCGCUUCCGCGAGGAGAUGUUCGCCAAAGGCCAGCCCGUGGCACCCUACAACACCACCCAGUUCCUGAUGAAUGACCGAGACCCAGAGGAACCCAACUUGGAUGUGCCCCAUGGAAUCUCCCACCCAGGCUCCAGUGGGGAGAGUGAGGCAGGGGACAGCGACGGGCGGGGCCGAGCUCAGGGUGAGUUCCAGCAGAGGGAUUUCUCUGAGACCUAUGAGCGCUACCACACGGAGAGCCUGCAGGGCCGCAGCAAGCAGGAGCUGGUACGAGACUACCUGGAGCUGGAGAAGCGGCUGUCUCAGGCUGAGGAUGAGACAAGGAGGCUGCAGCGGCUGCAGGUGUGCACCGGCCAGCAGCCCUGUCGCCAGGUGGAGGAGCUGGCUGCUGAGGUAGAGAGGCUGCGGACUGAGAACCAGCGGCUUCGGCAGGAGAAUGAGAUGUGGAACCGAGAGGGCAGCCACCGCAAUGAGGAGCUGGGCACCUAGUGGGACCCAAGGAGAAAGUCCUAUUUCAUGCCCACUCAGGCCAGCUGGGUUUCAAGGAGGCAGGUGGCAGAUGAAAACCACUCUCAGCACUCUGUGUCCCCUGAGAACAGCAAAAAUAGGUUCAGACUUCCACCUCGUCAUUUCCACAAUUGGUUCUUCAAUGUCACUACUUUUUACAGAGAAAUUAAACGGUCUUGGUGAGACCAAAUGGGA